AAAACCGGGUCUUAAAGGGCCCUCCGCCCAAAUCCUUUUAGCCUUUUUGCCUACUCGAGGUCCUCUAUCGAAUGAUGUAUGAACGAACGAAAUCGGAGCCGGACACCUGGGGCGGUUCCCUCGUCAGGGAAACUGUACGAACUCGGUUAUCAAGAAUCGUUCAGAAUUGCAGAUCAUACUCGUCUUAUAGAGAAAUUUGCUGAUAAUAGAAAACAGUUCUGCUAUUUUUGAUAGAUCAUAUUUUCAAUAAUACUAAAUUUGAAACUGUUUUGAAUAAUAAGUUUUGUAGAGCGUACAUUUGUCUACAAAAUGAGAUAUUCUAUAAUUCUGACGGCCCUUAACCCUUUACGGCCGGAUAUGUUUUUAGAGCACAACACAAUAAUUGAUGUAAAAACUGUUGUGAAAUACCACAACUAAAUUCGAAUAGUUUUUCAGGUAAAGGUAGUGUCAUAGACUAUUCAUUAAAAAGCAAAAUGUUUUUAACUAACUUCUGAAAAAAAUAAUUCACGUUAAAUUAAAUAUCGUAAUGUCCCCUGGGAAGAACAUUCGGUCGUAAAUGGUUAAUAAACGAGUUAUAACCAUUUUCCUGGAUAUUCAAACAUGAGUUGUGGAAUUAGAGGUAGGCAUGCAUCAGUUAAAAACUGAUCAUAAGUCACCUAUAAAGAAUUACUCAGAGUCACGAAAUCUCUCAUUUUGUAGAAAAAUGUUUGUUCUUGAAAAUUUAUCUGUAAAGGAAAGUUUUGAAGUUAUUUUUAGCAAAAAUAUGAGCAUUCUAAAAUGUACAAAAGUUAGAAAAAAAACUGUUCACACAGGUUUUUUUUCUAACUUUAAUGCAUAUUAGAAUGCUCAUAUUUGUAUCACAGAUACCGUGAGACUUUUCUACUUAUAUGGGAUUAUAGUCCAAACAUUUCUCUAUAAAAAUGAGAGGUUUCGUGACUCUGAGUGAUUCUUUAUAGGCGACUUAUGACAAUUUUCGUGGAAGCCCUAACACCAGUUUUUAACUGGUGCAUGCCUAACUAGAGCAAAUCAACUCUUGAAAAUAUGAGUUUAUCACGCUUCUUAGUUUUAAAAUAUUUCAAUUAAACAAAAUAGACUGUCUCUCAAAAAUAUUCUUGCUCCGAAUACACAAUAUGCUUCAGGUAUAGACCCUAUAGAAAAUUAUAUGGGGUAAGUAUGACCAUCUUCUGAACUUUAUGUAACAUUUAUAUUCAAGUUAAAAGUCAUUUUUAAUCCAACAGAACGGAUAAUUAAACAGACAGAUAAGCUUAAUUCUUCGAUAUGUACAUUUUAACUACAAUUAUCCAAAUCAAGACAGUUAAGGGACCCCCUUAGUAAAAAACUUUUUUAUCAUAGAUCCGAUUUCGAUAGCGCUUCCAGUGACUAAUGCUUACUGUCCUACGAGCUUAUGCUAAGAAUUCGAGAUCGAAACGUUGAAGUGCUGCCAAGUUAUUGCGUGACAAGGGGCAAAAUGAUUAGUAAAAGCGUUAUGGCUUUUUUGUUGGAAGGUGCAGAACGCUGUGAGAGAUCUCAAAUGAAAGUAGACACUUAAAUCUAAAAUUUGAUCCGCGGUGAUUUUUGAAUUUCACUUCCGUUCAUUGAAUUCAACCUCUGAAAAUAACUCUAAUUCGACGGAGUAUUUGCCACUUAUCUCUGCACAGAAAACAAAAAACGUCGCGGAUCAAACUUUAGAUAAAUAUCUUAGCUUCAAAAUAAAAAAAGAAUGAAGAUUUUACGACGAAUCGUUUAGGAGUUAUUACAACUUUACUGCGCCAAAACCAUAUUCUAAGCAAUGACGUCAUCACUUCAUUAAUUAUAGUUCGGCGCCUUUAGCAAAACUAGUAUAACUCUGCAAGACGAGAUCGUACAAACCCCCUGUACAUGUACAUCUAUCUCAUUCUGAUCAGAACACUUUGCUCAACAUAGCUCCAUGUCUGUUAAAGCGAAUAACCUUAAAAAUGUUAAUUAAAAUGUAAAAUUUAGGAAAAAGUGAUUUUUAGGGCUUUCAGAAACCUUUUCAAAACCUCCCAAAGCAUUGACUUUUUGGCAAACUGAGGUGAAUUCUGAACGAUGACAUUUUGGGAUACUGAACCGUAUGAUUACUUCAGUUUCGAAGAAAACAUCGAAUUUCUGAGAAGGGGACCCUUAAGACGAGUCAACGUAUUCCACUGAGGUAACUAUAGUCAGCGUAACAAAACAUAUGGCAUGAUAUGAGAUUAAUUAAUGUAGUUUGUACGACAAGCUAUUGCUGUGCUGACUAUAGUUACUUCGAUGUUCAAUAACAUUGCUCUAACAUAUCGACUCAAGAGGAUCUAAGAUUAAAAUAAUUGCCAAAAGUCAUCCAAUACUCAAAAGAAUUUAUUGACAAAAGUAACUUGAGUUGCUCUAUAAACUAACAAUCUCAAAAUUUAUUAUUGAACAAAAAAGUGUAGUGCUCGAAGAACUGAUUUUCUGACAGUCAUCCUCGAGUGAUCCAUGAAAAACUCCCACUAUCUUAUUCGUAAUCAACACCAUAAACUAUCUAUAUUUACAUGUUUUGUGGUGUAGAGAUUUGACACUUUGGGAGAUUCAUCCCGAAAAAUUUUAUUUAUCUAUCUGUUUAAUACCGUUUUUAUCUAAUCAAAAAUGAUUUAUCUUGAGUCUAAAUGCUGUACAGCUAGCUAUUAAAAACUAAUUAUCUCUAUUUCAUGUCUCUCUGUAUAGAAAGGGGAAAAGUAUAGCUAUAUCACUGUGAUCUGAGUAUCCAAUAUCUUUUCUAUUGUCUGCAUUUACUUCAGAAUAAGUUUAAAAAUAGUAGAAAAAAAUAAUACGAAGAAAACGUUUUAAUUUCAUUUCAUUUUUAGAUAUGUUGCUGGUCGAGUAAUUGAUGCAUGUGCAAAUUUUGAUUAUCCACCUUCUCGUUAUGAAAUACAUGUACUGGAUGAUUCUACUGAUGAUACGGGACAAAUAAUUGACGAAAAAAUUAAAGAAUAUAAAGCUGAUGGUAUAAUAGUUCGACGAAUAUCGCGAACAAAUCGUAAUGGUUUUAAAGCCGGUGCAUUACAAAAUGCUAUUCAGUAUGCAAAUGGUCAAUAUUUAGCUAUAUUUGAUGCUGAUUUUGUACCAAAAAAGGAUUUUCUUCAAUGUACUAUGCCAUAUUUCAUAUCAUCAAAAGUAGGUGUUGUACAAACACGUUGGGAACAUUUAAAUGCAAAUUAUAAUAUUUUAACACGUGCACAAGCAAUGGCAUUAAAUGUUCAUUUUACAAUUGAACAAGCUGGACGUUAUUAUUCAAACGUCUUUUUACAAUUUAAUGGUACUGCUGGUAUUUGGCGAAAGAAAGCGAUUAUAGAUGCUGGUGGCUGGAAAGAUGAUACAAUAACAGAAGAUCUCGAUUUAAGUUAUCGAGCACAAUUAUCCGGUUAUAAAGUUGUUUUCUUGGAAGAAAUGAAUACACCCGGUAAAUAA